AUGAAUAUUAAUAUAACAAUCAAUGGUUUUAUUGAUAAUUUAAUCAUUGAACAACUCAAUUUAUUUACUAUAUAUGAAAAUUAUUCUAGAGAAUGUCGACCAGCAAAAUGUACUUCUACAUAUGAAUCUCGAAAUGACGCGAUUUAUAUAAUGAUAACAGUUGUUGGAUUAAUUCGUGAUUUAUUAACGGUUUUAAAAUUAAUUACAUCAAGAUUUGUUAAAUUAUUUCCACGUUUCUUCUUACGAAAGAACAGAAAUUUUCGUUCAAUUAUAACAGUACUAGAAAAAACGUUUACAGAAUUCUAA